AUGGUGACGAUCAACGCGGAUCUGCGGCGCGAGCGCGAGAGAUGCAGCUUCGAUCCCAUGGAGCUGACGGGUUUCUGGGACGGCGGCGCGGAGAAGACGUCGCAUCGGCGCGAGCUAGAAAACUUCUUUCUAAGCGAUCCGCUUCUACAUGAUAAAAUUCCUGCAAAAUACAAGAGUCACAAGGAAAUUUAUGAGGAUGCGAUAAUGAAAGGAUGCCGAGUAUUACAGAAAGUGCAACAAUUACACGACUCAGGGAAAGGUGGCAUGGACGUUUUCUCACAAAUUUUAGGAGGCAUGUUAGGCUCGGCGAUAUUGAAGGACGGUAAUCCGCUGACACUGCACUACGUGAUGUUCAUACCGGCUAUUAUGGGACAGGGCACUGUCGAACAGCAAGGAUACUGGAUAUCCAGGGCUUGGAGCUGUAAUCUCAUCGGUACUUAUGCCCAAACGGAGCUUGGUCAUGGCACGUUUAUUAGAGGUUUAGAAACUACAGCGACUUACGAUCCUGAGACCGGAGAAUUUGUAUUAAAUAGCCCGACUUUGACAUCGUACAAGUGGUGGCCUGGUGGUUUGGGUCAAACGGCAAAUUAUGCGAUUGUCGUCGCACAAUUAUAUACGAAAGGAGAGUGCAGAGGUAUCCAUGCUUUUAUUGUGCAACUUAGGGACGAGAAUACUCAUGAACCUUUACCAGGUAUAAAGAUUGGUGAAAUUGGUACCAAGUUAGGAAUGAAUGCAACUAAUAAUGGCUUUCUCGGUUUUGAGAACGUUAGAAUACCGCGCGAGCACAUGCUGAUGAAAAAUUCUCAGGUAUUAGAGGAUGGAACUUACGUGAAAGCGCCUAGUGAUAAACUGACCUAUGGUACAAUGAUGUUCGUUCGAGUGGUAUUAGUACGCGAUAUUUCUAACUACCUGUCGAAGGCGGUGACAAUAGCUAUUAGAUACAGCGCAGUAAGACGUCAGAGUCAGAUAAAGCCCGACGAGCCCGAAUCGCAAAUUAUGAAUUAUGUUACGCAACAAUACAAAUUGUUUCCCAAUCUUGCUGCAUGUUUCGCAUUUCGAAUGUGCGCCGAAUGGAUUUGGGAGAUGUAUAAUAAUGUGACAGCUGAAUUAGAUCAGGGAGAGCUAGAGAGACUACCUGAGCUGCACGCGCUGGCAUGUUGUCUAAAGGCAGUUGCAUCAUCAGACGGAGCUACUGGCAUUGAGCAAUUACGAUUGGCGUGUGGUGGACACGGUUAUAUGGAUGCGAGCAACUUACCGGCAAUUUAUGGUUUAGUGACUGCUACUUGCACUUACGAAGGCGAAAACACAGUUCUGCUAUUGCAAACGGCAAGAUAUCUGGUGAAAGCUUGGAGACAAGCUGUUGGCGGUGAACCGCUACCUCCGACUGUCGAAUAUUUAGUUGUUCUUUCACGUGGAGUAAAACAGCGUCCUUGGAAAAAUACUUUAACGUGUAUUGUGCAAGCGCAUCAAGCAGUUGCCGCAGGUAAAAUUCGUCUGGCGACGGAAAACAUGGACCGUAGAAUACGUAGUGGUGCGUCACCAGAAGAAGCGUGGAAUCAAACUAGCAUUGAAUUAGCGCAUUGCGCAGAAUCGCAUUGUCGAGCUUUCCUAGUGAUGCGAUUCGCUGAGAAUGUCAGAGGAUUGACAUCCGCGUCCAAGCAGCUUCGCGAAGUUUUAAUGCAGCUUUGUGAAUUGUACUCGAUAUAUUGGGUACUGCAACGCCUCGGAGAUUUUCUUCGCUUUUCCUGUCUAAAUAACGAAGAUGUUCCGGCGCUCCAAACGCGCUUCGAAGAGAUGCUCGCUGCAAUCCGCCCAAAUGCUGUCGGUAUCGUCGAUGGAUUCGACAUUCGCGACGAGAUCCUCUCAUCCGCGCUUGGCGCAUAUGACGGCAAUGUGUAUCAGCGUCUCUUUGAUGAAGCGAUGAAAAGUCCUUUAAAUCAGGAGAGUGUCAAUCAAUCCUUCCAUAAAUACCUCAAGCCUUUCCUUAAAAGUAAUUUAUAGUCAUAUUAUGGUUAUCAUAAAAUAGUCAACAAGUUCUAAUAUAGAUAUAUAUAUAAGAGACCAUUUUAACAUUUCAAUAAAUUUGCAUGGCAAAUCUGUCAACACUGUUAAAAGUUAUCUUGUAAAAUUUCCGGGACAUGUUAAUAAUCAUAAUAAUUGCAAAUGCUGCAGUAAAUUUGUGGUAACUUUAAAGCAUCUCUUUUCUCAUAGCAGUUAUAUUGAAUUAUAAUGUCAAGGUAUCAUGAUUUAAAAAAAUCAUUUUUAAGAAUAUUUUUCUUACAAUAUAAAUCAAAAUAAAUUAAUUUUUUUGUGUGCUACACACUUAAUAAUAAGAGAUUGAUGAAAUAUACAAAAUCUUUUUUGGUUCGUGGAUUGAUAAAUAGUUGUAAAUUAAAUCAAUUUUCACAAGACCUAUUUUUGUUUGAAAUGUAUGUAUAUUUAGAUAAAAUUAUAUCUAAAUGCAGAUUUAGAUGUAAAAAAAAUCGCUUCUAGCAUAUUUUAGCAAUUCAUAUUAUUAAACGAGAGUGACAGUACAUAAAAAACUUAUUUUUUUAUGCAUAUUGCAAAGAAAGUUUACAUAUCAAUUCUAUAUAACUAUAGUGAAAAAACAGAAACUUUAAGUAUUACAAAAACGUUUUGUUCACUUUUUUAUAAUAAUAAUAUAAAUAAUUCGCACAAUAUAUUAUAUAUUGGUAUUAUAUGGAAACGCACACAUAUACAGGAUGUUUCUUGCAUGUCAUAAUUCUAUCAAUGCUUCAGGGAUGAAUUUAGAAAAAAAAUAAAGAAUAUAUGAAUAUAAAUUGUUUAGGCUUCAUUUUUCGAGUACACGCACAUACUUUAAAAAUUCCCUUUGAUUUAUUGUAAUUGAGAAAAUAAAGCUUAAACGACUUAUUUUCAUUGAAACUUUUAAAUUCACUGCCUGAAGCAUUGAUACACAAUUAAGAAUCAUCCUGUAUUCAUUAGUAUUCCAUAAAACGUUUGUCUCUUAAAAGACAUUUUUACAAGACGUAAUUUAUCAGAAGUACGAAAUUGAUGGAAAUGUAUUUGUCUAUUAUACAUUUAUCGGCAUCUGUAUUAAUACAUUGUUUUAUGCAUUAUGUAUAAAGUAUUUUCUACGUUCAUAAAUCAAUCCUUAAAAAAAAAAGAUUGAUAUUUUUGAUAGAGAGUGAUAUUUUAUGAAAUAUAAAUAUUGUAUAUGUGAAAUGGGAGGACACAUGCGAAGUAUUGUUUUGCAAAUGAUAAUAUUAAUAAAAGAAAAUGUAAUUUUUACGGUUAGAUGUCCUAGUAUGUAUUUACAGAUUUACCUUUGAGAAUGUUAUAUCGCGGUAAUUUCAUGUAACUCGAAGGUACGAAUACAUAUUAUAUUUUGAUAUACAUAAAUAAAGUGCAAAUAAUCUUUCUUCGUUA